AUGGUCUCUAUAGAUGGCUCAUUGUGCAUCGUUAUGCUUCUGUGCAACACUCAGGUUUUUACACAGCCCUCCUCCAUCUAUCAAGGAUUAUCACCAAACAGAUACAUGCAUGUGGAAAAGAGUCCAGAUUGGCCUCCAGCAUCACUACUAAGGGUUUCCAGAAUGACCCCAUUUUGGAGGACAGUUGGGAGCAAGCCUAUAGGGGCAUACUGCCAGCAGGGUUUAGAAUGCACCACUAAAGUCUGCAGGUGA